AUGACCGCGGGCGAGGCCGCGGGUGGUGGAGAUGAGACCGAGGCCGAGGCUGACGAGUCGGCAGGGGAGGCCACAAGCGAUGUGGGGGUGGGCAAGGCCGCAACCAACGUGGGCGAAGCGGUAGAGGGCCCGGCCGAGACAACUCCUGAGCCAGGCCAGCGAGGGCUGGUGCCGAAGCCCGGAGGAGCGAGGCCAGCUCCGCCUGAGCCGACCAGGCCAGCUGGAGCGGGCGCCGAAGCCUGGAGGGGUGGUGUUGGAGGAGGGAAGAGUCGGCGGCGGCUGUGGGUGUUGGGAAGGAGGCGGCGGCGGCUACAGGAGGGUAGCGGCGGUGGCUUUAGGGUUUGGGGGAGAAGAUGGCGGCGGCUGUGGGAAGAAGGGAAGCAGCGGCGGCGUAGGGUUUUGGGGAGGAGGGAGGCGGCGGCGGCGGCUACGGGAGAGGUAGCGGCGGCGGCAGCUGUAGGGUUUGGAGUUGGCGGCAGCGGCGGCUACGGGAGGGUGCGGCAGCUGCGGGUUGCGGAAGCGAGAGAAGAUCUCGUUUAUGUAUUUGCAAAGACCUACAAACGAGACCAGGACAAGAAAAAUGCUGAGACCGCAGCAGCAGCAGCAGCUGCAGCAGCAUUGUCAGCCCCACCUGCUGCAGUUGCUAAGCAUGCAGAGCCUGCUCCUCCGCCGAAAAGAGUACUCCCACCUUUAUCCGAAGAUGAGCAGCGCAAGGUCUACAAGUGGAUGCUGGAAGAGAAGCGGAAGAGCAAACCACGUGACGCUGCUGAGAAGAGCAAAAUCAAUGAGGAGAAGGCUCUUCUCAAGGAGAUCAUCAGGGCAGAGUCUCUCCCUCGUUUGUGGUGA